AUGCCUGAGCCAACUGGGAUGGGCAUGAGUGACAAUGAUGAGGACUAUGAUUCGCAUCCCAUCCAUCUUCAAGGUGGCAACUCAGACCUGUCUCACCUUCAUGCUCAUCUGCACUCGCCAUUGUCUCCACCUGUCCCCCAUGUUCCUGCUUCUUCCUCAGAGGAUGUCACUGAACGCCUCAACACACUGUCAAAGCAGCUCGAGUCUGUGCUCGAACUGUCUCACUCAUUGGAGAUGUAG